ACACUACUAACCAGUUAACCACUCACACAGUCACGCUCACGAGGUCUAGCGGCUGCUCUGUCCCGACUCCCGAGCAGAGCAAUGGAGAGCAGGAGCAGCAGCUUGGUUGCUGCUGUAGCGGUGCUCCAGCUGCUGCUGCUCGCUCCGAGCUUGGCAGCCGCGUUCAACUACGCCGACGCGCUGUCCAAAUCCCUCAUCUUCUUCGAGGGCCAGCGCUCCGGCAAGCUGCCCCCCGGCAACCGCAUGCCGUGGCGCGCCGACUCCGGCCUCACCGACGGCGCGCAGUACAAUGUGGAUCUGGUGGGCGGUUACUACGACGCCGGCGACAACGUCAAGUUCGGGCUGCCGAUGGCCUUCACGACAACGAUGCUGGCGUGGAGCGUGGCGGACUUCGGCAAGUUCAUGGGCGCGGAGCUGCCCCACGCCAGGGCCGCCGUGCGCUGGGGCGCCGACUACCUCCUCAAGGCCGCCACCGCCACCCCGGGCGCGCUGUACGUGCAGGUGGGCGACCCCGGGCGCGACCACGCGUGCUGGGAGCGGCCCGAGGACAUGGACACCCCGCGCGGCGUGUACCGCGUGGACGGCAGCAAGCCCGGAUCCGACGUCGCCGGCGAGACGGCGGCCGCGCUGGCCGCGUCGUCCGUGGCGUUCCGGCGCUCCGACCCGGCCUACUCCGCGCGGCUGCUCCACGCCGCCAUGGCGGUCUUCGAGUUCGCGGACCGGCACCGCGGCUCAUACAGCGACUCCCUGAGCGCGGACGUGUGCCCCUACUACUGCUCCUACUCCGGGUACCACGACGAGCUGCUGUGGGCGGCGUCGUGGCUGCACCGCGCGUCCAACAACGCGACGUACAUGGCGUACGUGCAGGCGUACGGCAUGCAGCUGGGCGCGGCCGACGACGACUUCUCCUUCAGCUGGGACGACAAGCGUGCCGGCACGAAGGUGCUGCUGUCCAGGGGGUUCCUGCGGCGGAAGCUGCAGGGGCUGGAGCUCUACAAGUCGCACUCCGACAGCUACAUCUGCUCGCUGGUGCCCGGGACGAGCGGGUUCCAGGCGGGGCAGUACACGCCGGGCGGGCUGAUCUACAAGGAGGGCGAGAGCAACAUGCAGUACGUGACCACCGCCACCUUCCUCAUGCUCGCCUACGCCAAGUACCUCAAGUCCAGCGGCGCCGUCGUGUCGUGCGGCGGCCGCGACCUGGCCCCGGCGGACCUGGUGGCGCUCGCGAAGCGGCAGGUGGACUACAUCCUGGGGAAGAACCCGGCGGGGAGGUCGUACAUGGUGGGGUUCGGGGCGCGGUACCCGCAGCGCGCGCACCACCGGGGCGCGUCCAUGCCGUCCGUGCACGCGCACCCGGGCCGCAUCGGCUGCGACGCCGGGUUCCAGUACCUGCACGCCGCCGGGGCCAACCCGAACGUGCUCAUCGGCGCCGUGCUCGGAGGGCCCGACGCGCACGACGGCUUCGACGACGACCGCGGCAACUACGCGCAGUCGGAGCCCGCCACCUACAUCAACGCGCCGCUCGUCGGGCCCCUGGCGUUCUUCGCCGGAACCAUCAAGAAGUACAACUAGCUAUAGCCUAGGAGUGUGUGUUCCCGUGUAGCGUGUCACGUAUGACGCGUGUGUGUGCUCGAUUGGCAUGUGACAGAGUGGGAGCGCCAUGGCAACAGAAGCUGUGUGAGCCUAUGAGCUCCCCCGUCGCCUGCGCCCGUAUUGUUGUAGCUCGCUGGUAUCGUAUCGUACGCUGCUUAUUUGGUACCCAGUGUGAAUGGUAUUGCGAUGUGCCAAAA